GAGUGUGCGGCUGGCGGGCUGCAGGCCCAGCAAUAUACCGUGGGCGACAGCGCCUCUGGCAGUGGGGAUCGCAGUUGUACCCUCGGUGGCCGAGCAGGCGCAGGGAUCUAGGCUGGACCCGCGGGCAGUGGGCGUGACCUCGCCGUCCCCGAACCCGCGGCGCACUCGCGCGCCACAGCACACCGAACGAUGCGCGCCCCGGGCCGUCCCGGAGGCUGAUACCGAGCUUGUUGUGCCCAUGGCCGAUCCGCCGCGAUCCCUGGCGCCCGCCUCCUCCCGCCAGGGCGGCGCGUCCUGGGCGGCCACCGGGCUAUGGGCCGCGCUGUACGACUACGAGGCGCGCGGCGAAGAUGAGCUGAGCCUGCGGCGCGGUCAACUCGUGGAGGUGCUGUCGCAGGACGCUGCGGUGUCGGGCGACGAGGGCUGGUGGGCCGGCCAGGUGCGGCGCCGCCUAGGCAUCUUCCCCGCCAGCUACGUGGCGCCGUGCAGCCCCACGUCUCCAGCUGCGCCUCAGGUCCCUCCGCCGCGGCCUGGCUCGCCAGUACACGUCGACUUCGAGCGGCUGGAACUCAAGGAGCUGAUCGGCGCGGGCGGCUUCGGGCAGGUGUUCCGCGCCACCUGGCAGGGCCAGGAGGUGGCAGUGAAAGCAGCGCGCCGCGAUCCAGAGCAGGACGCGGCGGCGGCGGCCGAGAGCGUGAGGCGCGAGGCGCGGCUCUUCGCCAUGCUGCGGCACCCCAACAUCAUCGAGCUGCGCGGCGUGUGCCUGCGGCAGCCGCACCUCUGCCUGGUGCUCGAAUUUGCGCGCGGCGGGGCGCUCAACCGCGCGCUGGCUGCGACAGAUCCGCGUGCGCCCGGCCCGCGCCGCGCACGCCGCAUCCCUCCACACGUGCUGGUCAAUUGGGCGGUGCAGAUCGCGCGUGGUAUGCUUUACCUGCACGAGGAGGCACUGGUGCCUAUCCUACACCGGGACCUCAAGUCCAGCAACAUCUUGUUGCUGGAGAAGAUAGAACAUGAUGAUGUCUGCAAUAAGACCCUGAAGAUUACAGACUUUGGGCUGGCGAGGGAGUGGCACAGGACCACCAAGAUGAGCGCGGCAGGCACCUAUGCCUGGAUGGCCCCUGAGGUCAUCAGGUCAUCCCUGUUCUCCAAAGGCAGUGACAUCUGGAGCUAUGGCGUUCUGCUGUGGGAGCUGCUCACAGGAGAGGUACCCUACCGCGGCAUCGACGGUCUGGCUGUGGCCUAUGGGGUAGCAGUCAACAAGCUCACUCUGCCCAUCCCAUCUACCUGCCCUGAGCCAUUCGCCAAGCUCAUGAAAGAGUGCUGGGAACAAGACCCUCAUAUUCGCCCAUCAUUUGCCUCAAUUCUGCAACAGCUGUCUGAUAUUGAGGUGGCUGUGAUGACUGAAAUGCCCCAGGAAUCUUUCCAUUCCAUGCAAGAUGACUGGAAGCUGGAAAUCCAACAGAUGUUUGAUGAGCUGAGAACAAAGGAAAAGGAGCUGCGGUCCCGGGAAGAGGAGCUGAGCCGCGCUGCCCUGCAGCAGAAGUCUCAGGAGGAGCUGCUCCGACGCAGGGAGCAGCAGCUGGCCGAACGCGAGAUCGACGUGCUGGAGCGCGAGCUCAACAUCCUCAUCUUCCAGCUCAACCAGGAGGGCCCGCACGUGAGGAAGAGGAAGGGCAAGUUCCGGAGAAGCCGGCUGAAGCUCAAAGACGGACAUCGGAUCAGUUUGCCUUCAGACUUCCAGCACAAGAUCACGGUGCAGGCCUCCCCCAGCUUGGACAGGCGCAGGAGUUGGGACAGCAGGAGCUCCAGCCCGCCCAGCAGCCCCACCAUGCUUCCCCGCCUGCGGGCCAUUCAGUUGACAUCUGACGAAAACAAUAAAACCUGGGGAAGGAAUAUGGUCUUUCGGCAAGAAGAAUUUGAAGAUGCAAAAAGGAAUUUCAAGAAGAAAGGUUGUACUUGGGGACCAAGCUCGAUUCAAAUGAAAGAAAGAACCGAUGGCAGAGAGAGGGUGAGGCCUCUCUCUGAUGGCAACAGUCCUUGGUCAUCUGUCCUAAUAAAAAGUCAGAAAACCACACCCUUGGCUUCACUCUUUGUGGACCAGCCAGGAUCUAGUGAAGAGCCAAAACACCCUGCUAAUGGAGAACACAGAAAAGCAAAGCAAAUGAAGCUGCCUGGUCAGGCCUCCACUGAUCUACCUCUCUGCAAAGAUGGUCAGAGACAGAACCUGGGGGAGGCUGAGGGCUGGGAAGAGGGACCCACAGCCAGCUCUGCUGUAGUGCCCCCUCGGAUGCCUGCGAUCAGCCCCAGUGGACCCCACAGGAAGAAAACGGAGUCAGCUCUGUAUGGGUGUGCAGUGCUGCUGGCAUCAGUGGCGUUGGGACUCGACGUCCGAGGGAUUAGCAGAGCAGAGGCUGUGGAAGAGCUGCCACCCAAGGGGGACAUGAAGAGUCAGGAAGGGGUCCUCCAGCAGGCUUCCAGCCCGUCUCCUGUGCUGCUGUCUGCAGACAGGGACCCCAGAAGCACCACAAGCCUUCUCUCCAUGAGGUGCUUGCCACAAACAAAUGGGGACAAGCCACCCAUAUGCAGCACCCAGAUUCCUCGAAAGCCUGAGCUGCCUACCCAGGAUUCCUGUCCAGCAUGUCCAGAAAGCACCCGAGGGCUGGCCCCGGGGCCAAGAAUUGAGACUGAUCACAGAGCAUUGAAAAGUCUGUCUCUCUGUUCCUUGGGGCAGACACAUGAUGGGAAUGUGCCUCACUAUGCUUCCCCAAAAGACACAGCCUCACAUCACAGGCAGACCUCAUCAGGCGGAAAACCUUUGCUGACUCCACGUGCCCCUGGAGCCUCUGCACUGCCACCUCCUGCCUUACCUGGCCCUCAUGGUGACCUACCGAGCCAGGUCUCUGCUGAACUGAAUGGGGCUGUCACGGUUUUGCUGCAGCCUGGCCCUGUCUCCCUGAGAAGUCCAUCAGAUGUGCCAAGGGCCGUCCCACGCAGGGCACAGUCCCAGCCUGCACGGGCAGCCUGUGGCAGGGACCACACGGGGCCAGGCCCUGCCUGUGUCCUGGGUUCCCAGGUGUCUUCCUCACCGGGCACCAAUGUGGAUGGACAGAGGCAGGACUGCAAGGGGCCUCUGUGCCGGAUGAAGAGCCCAGCUCACCAGCUGUCCAUCUAUGCCCUGGAGAAAGAGUUUCUGACUUAAGUGCCUUUGCUGGGAAAGCAUUACUGUUUCAGGUGAACAAAUGCGGACACCGUUUGUGCCUUUGAGGUGUGUCCUCUUGCUGUGUGUUGGAAAGCUGCCACCCAGUGACUCCAUUAGGAAUAGAAACCAACUCCAGAGGGGCACAUGACUGCUUUUAAUUGUCUGUAUCCUGUCCCCAGGAUCCUACCUAGUAAUUUGAAAUACACAGAAGUAUAAACCAAAAAUAUGCCCCAGGUAAAAUUGUGCUGGGUGGAAUUCCCUUAAGCACUUUUGUUUUUUUAACUUUUAUUACCACAUGUUCUCAGUGCAUAGUGAUUGCAUUCACUGUAGGGGAUUGGUUCAUGCACGUAAUGCAUUUCAGUUCCCUUUUAAGCAUUAUCUUAAGGCCUUGUUUUCGUAUCCGCACCCAUGAGCACGCAGUGAAAUUUUGAAGACACUUGUCUUUGCUUGCUUGGUUUCUUCUUUUUCUUCAACUUGUCUCUUCUUGUUUUUAAUUUGUGCAGCACAAAGUCAAAAAAUAGUUACUGGUUUCUUGGCAGUGAUAGUGUGAUAUAAGAAAAGAUACCUUAUAUUUACAAAAAAUCUGUUGAUUAUAACAGAUACAGAGUCCUGUUUAGAACACCUCCACCAUAGAUUUCUGAUGCAUAAGUAUGUCCAAUUUUGCCUCAAUUAUACAGUAUUUUGCUUUGAUAAACUAUUGAAGGUAACAUGAAAGUUUUGCUGGUUGUAGCUGCUAACCGUUUUGCCCACUAUAAUUCUAAAUGGAUGCUAAGGAUCAGCGAUUCAUGGUGGCCAAGACUGCUGCAACCCCAGAGUGAGCCUCGGGAUGAUGUAUUCCUGCAGACAAGCCUCUGUUGACUUGGCGUGAAUAGCAAAACUUCUUCAUUCUCUGUGUCAUAUACAUUUUAUGUAUGAUGAGUUACAAAUGCCUGUGUUCAUAGAUAUUUUGUAUUAUAAACAUUGAUGUCAUGUAAUUUUCCUUUUCUCUAUUUGUGUACACAGUUAUUCUAAUACAAAGACUAACACUGCCCAACUCAAGGAAUUAAAAUUGUAAGAAUUUAAAUUCUUUUUGUUAUUACUUUACAUUUCAUUUAAUUGUGGAUGUUGGACAUCUAUUGUAAUAAGCAUUUAUGGUGGAAAUAACUAUUAUAGAUUAUUUCUAGAAUUGUUAAAUGUGUCUUGGAUUAUCAGAUGAAGAUUUUAAAUGAGUGAAAGAUAUUUAUGGGUCACUUUUAUAAUCAUACAAAUGGCCUGCAGUAUUACUGGGACAGGAAACAUUCUGCAAGAGCUUGGGGAUUUUGCUUGGGUUUCUGACCUGCUGUGUUUCCCUUCUGUCACUAGGUUACGGUUAUUCCAAUGCAGACAAUAAAUGCUUAAAAUUUUACAUGCAGUGAAGAGCUAAACUACAAUUCUUGCUAUUUCAUUUAAAAUUUUAACUUGGUUAAGGUUUACUCAACUGCAAUUGCAGCAAUUUAAGGUAAAUUAAAUCAAGUGUGAAGAAAUUUUAGUCACUGCAUAGAAGUGUCCCUGCACCAGUAGGGACAGCACUCAUAUAGCACUGUGUCAUAACAAAACAACCCUGCAUUUCAGAUUCUUACAGCAAAGACUUGUGUGCUUAUCAUGUUUUGUGGUAUUAUUGUUUGUUCUACAAUUUGGCUUCAUUUUUGAAUUGUUUGUUACUAGAUUAUAUAAUAAUGAUUUGCUUUCCUCAAAACUUCAUCAUAUUUAACAUCUGGUUGGCUGCUUUAUACAAAAGUCAUUUGGAGGAUGUAGCUUCUAGCUAAAAAUGAAAUGGAUUCAAUGCCCCAAAUAAUUGUGUAUAAGAGAACAGGUGUGGACUCUCUCCUCAGUUCUGCUCCUGCCAGGACACCCCUCACGUGUGUGUAUGGCAGGUGUGAGUAAUGUCAGAUAUGUGUGUGUGUGUGUGAUAACAGGGUGUGAUAGGUGUGCAUGUGAAGUCUGGAUGGAUGAGACGCUUGAGUGUGAGUGGGCGUGGUGUCCAUCUGUCUUGUCCCUCUCUGCUCUGUCCCAGCUCCAGGUCAGCUCUUCCAUUAUGAUAAGGUUAGAAAUGAAGCUUUGUUAUUUAGAUAAUUGCGAUAUGAAGAUUCACCCCACGUGUUACUGCAAAUAGUCACUUAUUGCUAUGACACAUGGACACUUGUGACUUUUUUAUGUGUGGUCUACUUAGAAGAAUCUGUUUAUUAUUUUCACAUAGGCUUAAUAGCUCGCCAAAAGAUCAAUGAAGCUGACUGCUGUUUCUGAACAAUUAAGGUGCUUCCCUGCAGAGACUGGAGGAAUGGGCCUGAUAUGCUGUAUUAUAAACUCUGUGAGAUAGAUUGUUUACAUUCAUUGUCUAUUUUUCUAAUAAACAUUUUUAUAGCUGU